AUGAAUACAGACCAACAAAAAGUGAGCGAAAUAUUUCAGAGCUCAAAGGAAAAAUUGCAGGGCGAUGCAAAGGUAGUGAGUGACGCUUUUAAGAAAAUGGCUAGUCAAGACAAGGACGGCAAGACUACCGAUGCUGAUGAAAGUGAAAAACACAACUAUCAAGAGCAAUACAACAAGCUCAAAGGGGCGGGGCAUAAGAAGGAGUAG